GUAGCAACUCAGUCCUAGUAUUAUUACAUGUGUUCUAUCAGAGCCUGCCGCUGCUACAAGGCACGACUUCGAAUUUGGUUGGCCUACAAAUUGGGUCGCUACUACGUUGCUGAUGUGGAAGUUGGUUCGAGUUUCCCUAUCUUAAAAGAUGCUUAACCCCCCUUUCUUAUCCUUUUUUCUUUUUUUCUUUCUUUUCCAUACCAUCUCCAAAUAUUGCACAAACUGCCUCGUGUAUCCAAAAUGCGGCUCUUAAACGUCGCAUCCUUUCGCCUAGAAGAGUUCAUAGGCGAAAAGAGGCCCAGAUAUGCUAUUCUCUCCCAUACUUGGGGUGACGAGGAAGUUCUGUUUCAAGAUAUUCAAAAUCAUGAGUGUUCGAUGUGGAAACAGAAACGAGGAUUUAAAAAGGUCGAAGACAGCUGUCGUCGGGCCAAAUUAGAUAGAUAUGAAUAUAUCUGGAUCGAUACGUGCUGUAUAGACAAGAGCAGUAGUGCCGAGCUUUCCGAAGCUAUAAACUCCAUGUUUGCGUGGUAUGAGUCUUCAUGCGUUUGCUACGCAUUUAUAGAAGACAUUCAAGACCCUGCCGACCUUCCUAAAAGCCGAUGGUUUACCCGUGGAUGGACAUUGCAGGAGUUAAUUGCGCCACAUGAUGUUCGUUUCUACAGCAAGAGCUGGGAGUUACUGGGUGACCGUUAUACGCUUUCUUCACAAAUCGCAGAACGAACUGGAAUCAACAUACCUGUCCUGACGUUGAAUCGUAUCGUUAACAAUGCGCCACGGGAACAACACACAGGCUGGCAUUCAGGAUGCAUUGGUUGCGGUGAUCGGGUUCGUUAUACCAGUAAUAUAGUCAAAAAUUACUGUGUAGCACAGAAAAUGAACUGGGCUUCCUCAAGACAAACAACUCGAGCAGAAGAUAUGGCAUACUGUCUACUCGGUAUUUUUGGUAUCCAUAUGACCUUAAUAUACGGAGAGGGCUUAGAAGGAGCUUUUCGCCGACUACAGGAGGAAAUCCUCAAGCGGUCGGAUGAUCAUUCAAUACUAGCUUGGCGCGACGAUAGUCCUGAUUACUCUAGCGUAGAAAACGAAGACAUCCUGGCGACCACUCUGUUACAGUUCCGACUUGGCAACGACUAUGUUCAAUCAAUGCAGCUACCCUAUGGACAGCCCAACCGCAAACUGCAAAUGGAAUCAAAUGGGUUGUUCCUAACAGCAAUUUUAUGUCCUGCCCCUCCUGAAUGGAGAAGGCACCCGGAUAAUGAAACUUGGACGCUCGCAGUUCUAGACUGCGUCAUGGGAAACGACUUAAGUUCCAGACCUGCCCUUCUCUUAAUGAAAUUCCCUAACGAUGAAAACAUGUUCUACCGAAUUCAUCCGAAAUUCGUUUGCAUUAUCGAACCCUCUGGUGACUUGAGAGUUAUUUCCUCUGAUGGUAGCGAGAAGAUUGAAUAUUUUGAUAAUCCCAUCCUCGAAAACCCCUCGACCGAGAAGAUCCACAUUUUACCUAAGAGGUACUAUCCUACACACAUCUCCGGCAGCGAGCCCUUGAGGCCGUCGAGGAUCUCGCAAUUCAAUCAAAAUAACAUGGAUGGCUUCCAAUACAGAAUCGUAGACUCUGUACCGCAAUGGACUGAUAGUCAGCAUCGGACUUUACCAGGUGAAUACUCACAUAUGGUAGCUUUCGAGAACGAAUCUUCUGCCUUCUUCUUAUUAUGGAACAAUGUGAGGGAACUCGAAUAUGCUAUAGUAUCUCUAGUUGACAUGAUCCGCCACCUCGAAGAUUACCCCAAAUAUUACCCAGGGAGUCCUCCAUUUAACUAUACAGUCGCGGAUAUUAUGGCGAUUCGAAAAAUGAUCGGUCAUGUCGACUUCGAGAAAAGCUUUUCAACACUAGUCACUAACCGCCCGUUGAUAAUAUAUGGUCCUGAUUCGCACCGAUUUGAAGUCUCAGCUAACAUUAAAUGUACUUCUUUUUUGGGUUCCAACGUUAUUGAAGUCGAAGUGAACAUAAAAGGACUCUAGGAGGAAAACUGACGGCUGUUAAAGGUUGGAGAUCUUGUUCUCUUCCUCGAGAAUAUGGAGGAAGUCUUAGGUGUUGAUGUUAGCUGGCGAGAAACUGUCCAUAUAGGUGCCUCCCUUAUAUUUACAGUUAUGAGGAAUCAUAUCAUUGGAUGGGUCUAUUGGCUUUCUUUCUAAAUCCGCACUUGGACCUAUGUAGCCACUCAUUCAAUGAGACCUAUAUAACCAACAUAAGUUGUUAUAACUUAUGGUUUCAUUUUAUUAUAACUAUCCGUUUGAUUCAUUAUAG